GGUCCCUCUUCCUUUUCCUUUGUUCCUUAUUCUGCUCUCUUAUUUCAUUCUUUUGAUAUAGCGCCAUCCAGAAUCAGCGAGCUCAGCAUAUCCAACCUUCUCUUUGAGACGCCCCAUCACUGAAACACCAUGUCCGAUAGCCGUGGCCGUGGUUAUGGUGGCGGCAGAGGAGGCGGCCGUGGCGGUCGCGGCGGCCAAGCCGGCGAGGGCUUCCGCGGCGGAGGGGGCCGUGGUGGGUACCCGGGCGGCGGCCGCGGAGGCGGGGACGGCUACCGAGGCGGUCGCGGUGGUGGUGGUGGUGAGUUUCGUGGAGGACGUGGUGGCCGCGGUGACUUUCGAGGAGGUCGAGGAGGUGGCGGCCGCGGAGGGCGUGGUGGCUAUGGUGGCUCCGGCCCAGAUGUCUUCCUUGGUGCUGGCCCGAGCAUUCCGGCCCCUGAUGCUGCCGUCACGGAGCUCGAGGACCGCUGGAUCGAGAAGCACGGAAUCCAGUCCCGGACGACCGGCGCUAGUGAGCUGGAGUCCAAGAUGGCCGACCUAUCCCUCGGCACCAUCUCCAUGCCUAAGCGACCCGGCUUCGGCACCGGCGGCAAUCCUGUCGUCCUCUGGGCAAAUUAUUUCAACGUGAACCUAAAGCUUGGCGCCGUGUACCGGUACGACCUCAGAGUCAUCUCCAAAAAGCUGACAAAGGAGCAAGAUGAUGCCCUGAGCAAACAGCAGGAAUCCGCAAGCAAGAAGGCAAAGGGCAAGCCAAAGCAGGCCAGCGGGCAACAACCGAAUGCUCCCAAGGACGCCAGAGAGGCCAAGGGCAAGAAACUGUCCGAGGUCAUCAAACUUGCCCUGGACCGGCUGCCCGGCGAGCCCGCGAUCGCGACCGAGUACAAGCAGCAGCUCGUGACGACGGAGAAGCUGCAGGUCCCGCCAGACGGGCUCAUGCAGGUCGAGCUCGCCGAACCCGGGCGCAACCCAGAGACCUGGUAUGUCCGCUUCGACGGGCCCUCAUCCAUCAACAUCGCUGGUUUGAUGGACUACGUGCGGUCGCUCGAGGACAAGAACGACGGCGUCUUCCCCAAGUUCCCCGAAGAGAUUGACGCACUCGGCAUAGUGUUGGGUCACACCGCAAGAGCCAACCUCAACACUGCUGCUAUCGGCAGCAGCCGGUUCUUUGCUAUUGACCAAGCAAGAAAAGACCAGGCAUCAAUGCCACCAGACUCUCGGAUCGAGAUCUUGCGCGGCUACGUCCAGAGCGUCCGCCCAGCAACCGGCCGGUUGCUGCUCAACACCAACGUUACGCAUGCUGUGUUUCGCAAAGCGGUCAAGUUAGACGAGCUAUUCCAAAAGUGUGGGCUCGCGAACUUACACUUGCCGCAACAGCGCCCCAACCACGCUUUGCGGACCCUUGACGGCUUGAACAAGUUCCUUGCCAAGUCGCGCAUCGAGUGCAAGGUUCCUGGUGAGAGACCAGGCGAGUUCUUCAAGAUUCAACGAGGCAUGGCGGGCUUGGCCACCACGAAGGAUGGCAAGGAUGAAGACCAGAAGCCCGAAUUCACGGAGAGCGGGUUUCGUUUCGGGACCCCGGCUACGGUAAGGUUCUAUCUCCGGAAGCCUAAGGACCUUGGAGCGAAGCCACCCCCUGGACUCUCUUUUGAUACUAUGGUGCUGGUGUCAGACUAUUACAAAGCCAGAUACGGCAUCCGUGCGGACCCUGGUCUGCCGUUAAUCAAUGUCGGAACAGCCGGCAAACCGAUCUAUAUCCUGGCCGAGUUCUGCACCCUACUCCCUGGUCAGCCGCUCAAGGCGAGGCUGUCACCCCAAGAGCAAGAUGCAAUGAUCAGGUUCGCAUGCCGCCCACCUCCCGAGAACGCACUGUCGGUCACCACGUCGGCAAGGGAGUUGCUGGCCCUGGACAACAACAUGCUGCUCGAUAAGUUUGGCAUCACAGUCGACAAGCAUCUCAUCACGGUCAAAGGCCGCGAGCUCCCCCCUCCUGCUGUCGGCUACUUGAGAGGGAACUCAAUUGAGCGGGUCACUCCGGAGAAUGGAGGCUGGCUCAUGAAGGGGGUCAAGGUCUGCAAAUCCGGAAGGCGUAUCGCAAACUGGGCAUUCCUCGUAAUCGGAAAAGCGCGCCCGCCCAUCGAUUUUGGGACCAUCAAAUCUGCGGUUGGAGGCUUUGCCCGAUUCCUGAAUAACAACAUGGGCAUCGACAUGAAUAUGCAACCUGUCCCCGCAAACGGCUACCAAACGGCUGGCACGAGCGAAGAAGACUUGCGAAAUGCCUUCCGAACCAUUUCCAAACAGAAGCCUCAACCGGAGUUCAUCCUAGUACUUCUUCCAGACAAAGAUGCCACUACGUAUAACAUCGUCAAGAAGCUAGGUGAUGUUGAAUACGGCAUCACUACCGUCUGUGUCCGGCAGGAAAUGCUUACCAAGGAACAAGGACAAAUGGGGUACUUUGCCAAUGUCGGUCUGAAGGUGAACCUGAAAUUUGGCGGCAUCAACCACAGGGUCCGAGACGAGACCGGGCUGGUGGACAAAACCAUGUUUGUCGGUUACGACGUCACUCACCCUACUAACCUACCCGGCGGCGCUGGCGAUAACGCGCCCAGUCUGGUUGGUCUGGUGGCCAGUGUUGACAACAGCCUCGCUCAGUGGCCUGCCGUGACCUGGGAGAAUAAAUCCCGGGUUGAGCAAGUCGGAGGGAAGACGGACGAGGGCCAGUUCAUUGCUCACUUCAAAGACCGCCUCAGGUUAUGGCAGAAACACAACAGCAAUCGCCUGCCCGAGAACAUCGUCAUCUUCCGUGAUGGUGUUUCCGAGGGGCAGUUCAGCAUGGUGCUUGAAAAGGAGCUGCCCAACAUUCGCCAGGCCUGCCAGGAGACGUACCCAGCAAGACCGAACGCGCAGCCGCGCCUGUCCCUCAUAGUGUCGGUAAAACGGCACCAGACCCGGUUCUACCCAACCGACCGCAACCACAUCCACCCCAGGUCCAAGAGUCCGAAGGAGGGAACCGUCGUCGACCGCGGCGUCACCAAUGUACGCUACUGGGACUUUUUCCUCCAGGCCCACGCAUCUCUCCAGGGCACGGCUCGUCCGGCCCACUACACAGUCCUGCUUGACGAGAUCUUCCGGCACAAAUUCGGGCCCAAUGCCGCCGACGCGCUCGAGACGCUGACGCACAACAUGUGCUACGCGUACGGCCGCGCCACCAAGGCCGUCAGCAUCUGCCCGCCAGCGUACUAUGCCGACCUGGUCGCCGCCCGCGCGCGCAUCCAUAAGAGCGAGCUGUUCGAAAACGUCCAGUCCCUGGCUUCGAGUGAGCAGUCGAGCGUGUCCAGGCGUAAGGUCCACGACAGGCUCAAGGACACCAUGUAUUACAUCUAACGAGGUGUGGGCGCUGUGUGCCG